AUGCUCGUGUCCCAGGUGAAUGGACCACCACAUCUACUGAGACUAUUUGCAUGCAUCUGCGCCAUGCUGGCAUAUACGCCUCUGGACUACAAGAGCCUGGCCUUGUUACUGAAUUAUCUGCACGAUUUCCUCAAGUACCUGGCAAAGAACUCCGUGACUUUGUUCAGCGCCAGCUACUACGGAGUGGCCCCUCCUAAGUACCACCAGAAAGCCCUGUGA